AUGAUAGCACUGAUUAUAAUUCUGGCAUGUAACAGAUGUUGUGAUGAAUUCGAUCAUCAUUGUAAUUGGCUAAACAAUUGCAUUGGGAGAGCUAACUAUGCAGCAUUUAUGGCGUUAAUUAUCGUAUUUUGGAUAUAUGUUGCUUUUUAUGUGGCAGUUUCAUCCUAUGUUGUAUGGUCUAUAAAUGAGGACAAAUUCAUUUCAUAAUCGUCAUUGGAAAAGCUUUACAAGCAUGAUAUAUCUAGAGUGACAGAGAUAUUUAUAUACGUUCUAAUGGUUUUCAAUUUAUGUGUUUUAUUGCUAUCUGGACACUUAAUUUCUUUUCAUAUUUGGCUUCACAUAAAAGGCAUCACCACUUUCGAUCACAUAGUAUACAAUCGAGAAAAAAAGUAAAAAUUACUUGAGUUAAAGAAAGGAGAAAUUAGUAUAGAAGAGUAUAAAGAUUGGGAGUUAUAUGCUUCACCGAAGAAAAUAAUGAGGAAAUCUAAGAUUAUAACCCAGGUCAAGAGUAUGGGAGAUGAAACCCCAGAUAAAGAUAUGAGUUCAUCAAAUAUGAAAGAGGUAGAUAUAACAUAGCAAAGGCACGAAAGCAUGAAGAAAGAUGAAUACAAUUAGAAAGCCGGUGUUGGAGAGAGCAUGAAUAACCCAAUUCUUUAGUAUGAGUUAGAUGUAGACCAUAUUAGAAAAGAUCACUUAAAACUUUCAGGGAUUUAGCAUCUUUAAACUGGAUUGGAUCAUACUAAGGGAGAUUCUUAAGAACAUCCUAAUUUCUUAGUAGCUGAGAAAUAUAUAAAAAAGCCAGUCUAGUAGAAGCAAGUCAUAAAUACAAACAUAUAUAAUGAGGCUCAUAAGUCAAUGUUGAUAUUAGCAGACCCGGCUAAGGCAAAGGGCUAAUAUGAGUAAAAGUAUAACGAAGAAUUCAAAAUGAUUUAUGACUAUGAAGAAAGAAAAAUAAGCGAGAAGUAUGACCAGGAUUCUCAUUCUAACAAGUUGAAUGGGGCUAAGUCUAAUAUGGACUUUGAACUUACAGAUGUUGCUGGUGGAAAAAGUACUUAGACUGGAUUCUAUAAGCAAAAUUUCUAAUAAGUCAAAAAUGUCAAAUUUGAGCCAAAGCCACCUUAGCAACUAAGUGAAUAGCAAAGAAAGAAAAUAGAGAGAACUAACUCCCUUCUAAAAUCAAAUGAUGGUAAAAUAUUGCCAAUUUCCUCUUCUACAAAGGGUUACCUUAACAAUGGUAUAAUUAAUUCCCCAAAUCUUAAGUAAAUUGUGCCUGGCAGUUCUAACUCACCUCAGAAUAAAAUAACUAAGCUAUAUAAGAACACAUUAGAAAACGAUGAUUGCAGCAGUGGCGAAAAAGUUCAAUUGUAGAUAAAAGAUGACAGAGCUACGAUGGACAAUUAAAUAUCUCCCAGACAGUAACUGCAGCAAGAAGCAGCUUAAUUUUAAAGUUUCUAGAGUAGCAGAACUGCUAAGUUUCAGUUAUAUACCUAAUCCUAAUAAUGA